AUGGUUGACGAUAGUUCAGAAUAUUAUCAAAGUAAUGACUUUGACUUUGAAACUACGCAUAUAUAUUUGGAACAAUAUGAUCAAUUUGAAAAUUCAAGGACUUCAUCUAAUUUAUCAACUGAAACACUACCUGAAAUUCAAACAACUCUAGAAAACAAAGAAAAAGAUAAAGAAUCCAUUAUCUCCAAAAAUAAAAAACUAUACAAACGUAAAAAUCCAUCAUUUACGCGAGAAUAUUUUGAAAAAAUAGUCAAUAGUACAGGUGAAGAAGUGCGGGUUUGCAAGGUCCAGGAUGAAAAUAGAAAAAAAUGCAAUCAAGAAUAUAAGAAUAUUGGAAGCUCGACAGGAAAUCUUAUUGCGCACUUCAGAGAUGUACAUGGAAUCGUUUCACAAGACGAUAUACCGCGAAAUUCCAAAAUCACUGAUUUUAUACAAAAAGUUCGUCCUCACCCUAAACAUAUUCAAAAAAGACGAGAAGAAGUACUUUUUAAAUGGAUGAUACUUACAAAUCAAUCUUUAUCUACUGUUAUAGAUAAUGCUUAUAGAGAAAAAAUGUCUGAAUUUAACCCUGCAUUUGUUGUUUCGAGUGAAAAAAAAAUCAGAACUAUGAUUGUUAAAAGCUAUAAGUAUAAUCGAGAAAAUUUGCAAAAUCUUGUUAAUAUUGCGGAAAGUGUUUCUCUUACUAUGGAUUUCUGGUCUAGUAAAGCAAAACACGAGUAUUUGGGGAUUACUGCGACUUGGGUUACAUCAGAUUUUGAAAUAAAAGAUAAUCUUAAAAAUCAUAUAAUCUUGAUUACCACUGAUAGUAGAGCCAAUAUGGUAUCAACUUUUCCUUUAUUGAACCAAAAGGAUGGGUGUGAAAAAAUUAAGCGUCUUCCAUGUGUAGCCCAUACUAUACAAUUAGCAAUCAGAAAGGGGCUAGCUUCAGCAGAAAUUUUAGUUGUACACGUAAAAAGAAUAAUUCAUUUUUUUCAAACUCAAAAACAAUUAGAGCGAUUAAAAGAAGUUCAGAAGCGACUUGGCUACACAGAUGUUAUAGAUGCUAUUACCCAACUUCAAACCGAUUUAUACACAUCAAUUGAUCGAGAAAUCAAAAAAGAUAGUAGUAAAUUAAAAAGAAUUCUUCUUUCUGAUGAAGAGUGGGAGCUAAUAGAUCAACUUAUCGAUUUACUAAUGCCAUUUGAAGAGAUGACACGAGAAUUUUCUGGUAAUACAUAUGUGACCUUAAGUCGGGUAAUUCCAAAGGUUAAAGAAAUAAUUUUUGACUUAGCAAGCGAGGCACCACCAAGUAAUGAUCUGUUUUUUGAUGAAGAUACUAUAUUUGAAUCAGAAGAUGCAGAAAUACAGCAUAUUGAUUGUGAUGAUGAUGAAAUUGUUAGCAAUAUUACAAAACGAAGAAUUUCAAUUAAAAAUCCAUUAAAUACGACAG